UCAUUUGACUUUUUAAUUGCUGCUAUAUCCUAGGCAGACAUGAUAACUCCUCAGUCUUUUUUCCCCUGUUAAAGGAUCCCAUACAUUCAGAAUCCAUCAAAAUAAAUGUUGGAAUACAAGAUUACAAAUACCUGGGACAGCAUAAAGGUGAUGCAUGAGCCAGUGAUCAUCAGAUUUAAGGCAGGUGACCAAGGAUUAAUAAUGGAAGUGAAUUCCCUGUUCUUUGAUGACCUUUCUGCCCCAUCUGGUGAGCCAGGAAAGCCUUUUGAUGGACUCUGGGAUUACGAAGUUGUUGAAUCCUUUUUUCUGAAUAGUGAGACUAAAGACUAUCUUGAAGUGGAACUUUGCCUGCAUGAACAUCUUGUAUUAUUGCUCUCUGGAGGAAACUGUUUUGAAAAAGGACUUGACUUGAUAUUUAAAGCAGACAUAAACUGGAACAAAUGGAAUGGCACAGCACUUAUUCCUUGGAGGUAUUUCCCACCUGGUGUUGACAAGAUGAAUUCAUAUGCCAUCCAUGGGUCUGAGAUUGGAAGAACAUAUGAGGCACUCUAUCCAAUACCUAGAGAGGAUAUUGAACAGGGACAGGGGCCUAAUUUCUAUCAUCUGGAGUAUUUCAAAAGGUUCAGUCUAAAGUGGAUUAUGGGAGAGAACUGGGAGCAACCUGCAUCAGACCUGUGGAAAUAGCUUAAUCAGUGUCUACAAUCAAGUAACUCUCUAAAUCACAAACACAGUUAUUUAAAAAACAAAACAAAACAAAACAAACUCCAGCAAAAAACAACCCCCCCCCCCCAACUACUUAAAAAUCUGUUUUCAAAUUGCUGGAACUAAGUUGUAUUCUGUCACGGCUUCAAAUUGAUGUGGCAAUUAAAAGAAAUAAUUU